AUGUCCGCUGAAUACUUAGCACUCCAAAAACAAGGGCCUGGUCACUUGUCCCGUCCCCGGGGGAUAAACUUGUAUUGGGCUGCCGUUGGACAUUUAAAACGAAGCUCCUUUCUAACGGCAAGGUUUAUCGUUUCAAGGCCAGGCUUCGACAACAGCAAACCGGCUCCCACCCCGAUCUCUCACAAAUCUCUGUCACCUGCUCCAGAUGAUCAACCCUUUCCUGAUCCUCAACACUACCAAAGAUUGGCAGGCUCUCUGCAGUAUCUUACCAUCACCAGGCCGGAUAUUGCGUUUGCUACAAACGUAAUAUGCCAGAAAAUGCACAAUCCUUUAAACAGCGACUAUCACUCCCUCAAAUGCCUUUUAAGAUACAUUCAAGGCACACUGCAUUAUGGCCUACCUAUCACUAAAGGAGAUCUCCAACUAUCCACAUAUACCGACACCAACUGGGCUGCUGACCCAUCGGAUCGCAAAUUGGUCACUAGAUUUUGCACAUUUUUGGGUACGACUCUUAUUUCCUGGUGCGUUAAGAAACAAGUCACCGUUGCAAAAUCCUCCACAGAAGCGGAAUACCGCUCUCUUGCUUCAGUUGUAUCAUAUGUCCUGUGGUUUCAACGCUUAGUGGCGGAGUUCCAAAUUCCUCAAUCUUCUCCAACCACCAUUUUCUGCGACAAUACCUCCGCUAUAGCUCUCGCAAACAACCCGGUAUUUCACGCCCGCACUAAGCAUAUUGAGAUUGACUAUCACUUUAUUAGUGAGCACAUCCAUCGUCAAGCAAUCGCCAUAGCUCACAUUGCCACAGCCGAUCAAACCGCGUACAUCCUCACCAAGUCACUGCUGCCACCUCGCUUCCAGGAGCUCAGAGCCAAGUUGACCAUCAGACCACCUACAGGUCAAUUUGAGGGGGGCUGA